ACCAGCUGGACAUCUAGUAUUGUGCUUAAAACUCUGAAACCCUUGUCUUUUACGUCUCUCCUUUCCCACCAACGCCGAGAACGAACGACAUACAGUAUUGUAGCCGACAUGCUCAAAUCGGCAAACGGCAGCGCUAUAACUGCUUUGAUGAUCUGUGCGCUCCGAAGAAACUCAACUCGGAAUUAACAUUGUCCAUACGUUUGUUGUCUCUUUCCCGCUAUACGAAGAGAACUGAAAUUGCUUUCCAAUUUUGUGAUGACGUGAAACCCAGCAGUAUGCGUUCCAACAUACAUCAUGGUGCUUCCGUGAAUGAUUCAAUAUGAGAAGAAUCGAGAUCCAAGGAAGUCGCUUGCAUCUCGAAAUUUCUCAAUCAUCUGUUGGUGAGUGGUGUUCCUGGAAACACCCCAGGCGACCCCAGACGCGGUUACCCUGACCAAUAGGAACCGACCGUGCAUGGGUAACAGUGCGGGGAAACUGUGCAGAUGGAGAAUUCCUGGGGAAACAUGUGGGAGGACCAUUCCUUGCUAUUUGUUUUCGAUCACCUGAGCGGUGUCAUUAGUCGAUUUUCUGGUAUAAAGCAUCCAUGGUCCGGCUUCUAAGGCUUCCAGCUUCUUCCUAAAGUUCGUCCCGUAUCGUUCAUCUCCUCUAAACAAAUUCACCAUGGGUGCCGGAGCUGUUGCAACUGGAACAGGCGGCAGUGAGGGUUUCGCUCAUCUCAUUGAUCCUAACAGGAAGUGGUACAGCAAUCGUCGACUCAUCCUCCUCCAUGCUUGGAUUGUUCUUCUUCUGAUCACAUCCUCGACCAACGGAUUCGAUGGUUCUUUGUUGAACAGUUUCCAAUCUCUUCCUUCUUGGCAAACCUAUUUCAACCAACCCGCAGGUGGAAGGUUAGGGCUGCUCAACGCCAUCCAGAAUAUUGGAUCCCUCGCUGGAUACCCCUUUGCUCCCUACCUUUCUGAUGGCCUCGGUCGUCGACCUGCUAUCUGGAUAGGCUCUACGAUCAUGUUGGUCGCAGUGGCCCUCCAGGCUGCCGCUCAGAACUGGGGCAUGUUCAUUGGCGCCCGUUUCUUGAUUGGCUUUGGUCUCUCGCUUGCCUCCAAUGCUGCUCCUCUUUUGGUCACGGAGAUUUCGUACCCCGCUUAUCGUGCACCUUUAACCUCAUUGUACAACUCCCUUUGGUACUCGGGUAAUAUUGUCGCAACUUGGUCCACUUUUGGUUGUCAAUACAUCGCCAGCAACUGGGCAUGGCGUAUUCCUUCAAUCCUUCAAGGAAUCGUCCCCGGCUGUCAAUUUCUCCUUAUCUGGUUCGCACCCGAGUCUCCCAGGUUCCUCAUUUCAAAAGGCAAGGAAGCACAGGCUUUGAAGAUUCUCGCUUACUACCAUUCCGAUGGUGAUGAGCAAGAUCCUCUCGUACAGUUCGAGUUCCAGGAGAUCAAGGCGGCCAUCGACCUCGAUCGUACCGUUUCUUCUAACGUGGGUUGGAAAUCUCUCGUUGCUACUCCCGGGAACCGGAGGCGUAUGGUCAUUAUCGUCGCCAUCGCCUUCUUUUCUCAGUGGUCUGGAAACGGUCUUGUAUCCUACUAUCUCAAAGACGUGUUGGACAACAUUGGCAUUACCAACAGCACCAUCCAACUCCUUAUCAACGGUAUCCUCGCCAUCUGGAACUUAUUCUGGGCCGUUCUAGCAUCGUUCUUCGUCGAGAGACUCGGCCGUCGGUUCCUGUUCAUCACCUCUGCUUCUGGCAUGCUCCUGUUCUUCAUUUUCCAAACGGUGUGCUCUGCCCAAUACGCCUUGCACAAAACGGAUGCUGCUGCACAUGCCGUCAUUGCGUUCAUUUUCCUCUUCUAUGCAAGCUACGAUCUUGCUUUCACGCCGCUCAUCGUGUCAUACACCGUCGAGAUCCUGCCAUAUUCUCUACGUGCCAAGGGUUUCAAUAUCUUCAACUUCAGUAUCUCGCUCUCGAUCAUCUUCAAUCAAUAUGUCAACCCUAUCGCUCUGGCCAGAAUUGCUUGGAAGUACUACAUCGUCUAUUGUUGCUGGCUCGCUUUCGAGUUGGCGUUCUGCUACUUCAUGAUCGUGGAAACGAAGAACCUGUCGCUCGAGGAAACCGCUGCUUUGUUCGAUGGCGAGGAUGCUCAGAAGAACAUCCAGAACGCCGGCCAUGAUGUCCGUCACGACGAUUACAUUGACGAGAAGACUUCGGACUCAUAUAAUCCUGAACUGAAAGCGUAAAGUAAUAUCUUCUCUUCCCCUUCUUUCCUUUCGGGUAUUCUAUUCGGUUUGAUGUGGGUAGGUUGGUUAUGGGACGGUUUCCGCUCGCCCAAUAUGUACACUAGUAUCUGCAUACACUAUUGCUCCUCUAGCUCUUUUUUCUUUCUUGGAAGGGGAGUGAGAAGCUCCCUGUAAUGUGUUGGCAUCGGAUUGUAACUAACGCACUCAUACGCACUUCAGCUUCACGUACUUUGUACUAUCAGAUUACCCAAUCCAUUCGCAGUUUCUUAUCCUC